AUGAAGAUCUUUAAAAGAGAUGAGGAUUCACAAAUCCAUAAAUACAAGAGUUAUCUAAAUGCUUGCAGUACAGAUUUAUAUGUUUUAACAAAUAAUUUAGUAGUUCCUCUGAAUCAAAAAUUACUCGAUUCAUUUUCUCCUAUGUAUUCUGAGGAAGAAUGUAUUACUAAAGAUUCAGAAUAUGAGUAUACCAAAGUUGAAAUUAUCCCAUCCAUUUUCAAGUCAUUCACACAAACAAUCUUAAUCCCAGAGAAAAUCUCUGAAUGGCGUGAACCACUCGGAUCAAAAAGAAAAUCAAAAUCGAAAAAGGAAAAAAUUUCUCGAGAUGAACUGUCAACACACAUGGCAAAUGGUGGUAACAAACAUAAUAUUGAUACUCAACAAUCAACACUAUCAAAAAAUAAUAAAGAAUUAAAUGGAGUCCAUCAAACUUUGAUUGGUGUAAAGAAGUUUACCCAAACAGUCUUUGGAAUUGUUAGUUUUCUGGUAUUAUUGUUAUAUGAUACAUUUGAACUUCUACUAGUAUUGAAAGCUGAUAUUUUAAUAAAAAUCAAAGACGAAAUUAUGGGGUGGAGAGAUGAACUUACAGUUUUGAUUCGUUCGGAAUCGAUAACAGUCUCUAAAAUCAGAUCUUUGACCCAGUCUCUGUUGAGUAAUGUACAAAAGAAUGUCAAUGUAUGUCAAUGUUGUUUUGUUUUUAAAGGUUUAGCACAAAAAACCUAUCAACCUAUAAAUGUACUGAGUCAUUUCUUUUCAAUCGAUGAAACACUUCACCAAUGUAAACCCUUUCAGAUAUUGAACUGUCUCUAUAUCAUCGAUGCAAUUCUAAGAGAUGUAUCACAUAUUCAAAAUCAAAUAAUGUAUGUAAAUUAUUAUUAUUAUCGUCUUUUAAAAGACUCUUUAGAAUUUGAUUUAACAUGUUCUAACAACAAUAAUCUAUCUUAUCAUAAUAUAUACAAUAAAAGAUUUAAAACGUUUUCUGAUUCAUUUUUUAGUACUUUGUUAUAUUACGAAAAGAAAAUCAUUGAAACAAUACCAGAACAAUAUAUUAUGGAGAUGGAGACAGAGUCAAUACCGAUAGUGGUCGAUAAGCAAUACCUUAGUAGAGGUGAUUCUUUGGUAAGUAGUCAGUUGCAAAAGAGAAAGUUGGAACUGAUAGAGAAUUCACUGGAUAUCUUGAUGCCCGAAACCUCUGGCGAAGUCGAUGGUAACGAUCAUUCUCACCAGAGUUUCAAUAAUGGUAUCACCAGUAAUCACAAUGAUAGUGGUUCGACAAUCAGCAAUAGUGUAUUCAGCAUUGGAAUGUUGAGCAGUGGUAGUGAAGUACUAAAGAAGUUGAAAUCACACCAUAAUUCAACAACAUCAAACCACCAAUCAUCUUUGUCAACAACAGCAACAACAUCUGUUAGAGCAACAGGUGAGAAUUGUACAUUUUGGAGAGAACUAUCAUUUAAUAAUGUAAAGAACUUUUCAAACAAUCAUUUGUAUAGAAUUAUCCAAUCAUAUGGAAGUCAGAUUGUAAAGUUGGAUCUCUCUUUUUGUAACUACGUAGAUAAACGCGCGGUAAACAUGAUAGUUACUUAUUGCCAGUCGAUUCAAACACUCUCUCUUUGUAAAUGUCCACUUGGCGACGAAGAUCUUGCACAGUUUUUGAAAUAUUUAGGAAACUUAAAGAACUUGAACGUUUCACAGUCAAGUUAUUCCAAUAGAAUGCUUGUAAAGUUAUUUGGUUAUCAAGGAUUAAAGAAAUUAAAUAUUGCUUGUAGUCAUGGUUUAUUAGAUGGAUUGUUUUUAAAACCAUGUUUGAAGGUAGCGGAUUCAUUAGAAUGUUUGAAUAUCGAUUGUUAUUGUAGUACUUUUAUAGGUUUUGGUGUGGCGGGUGCAGUUCAAGAGUUUUUGACAAAUAACAACACAUUAAAGACGGUAAAGCUGCAUCACAUGUUGAUUAUUGAUAAUUAUCCAUCAAACAUAGCAGUUAGAACAACAAACCUGUGGAAAUUUGUAAAGUUUAAUGACUGUGCCUCUACAAAAGAGAUUUUGACUAAUAUAUCAAGUAAACAAUUGAAUAAGAGAUAUUAUAAUGGUUGUACAUCUAUAUUUUUGGCUUCUGAAGAGGGAAAGUUGGAGCAAUUGAAAUUACUGAUAGCAAAGGGAGCUGAUCACACAAUAUGCAAUUACCAUGGAAUAUCACCUAUUAUGGCAUCUAGAAACAUACAAACUGCCAAGCUUUGGAUUGAGAAAAAAGUUGAGCCUACCAACAAGACUGAAAAGGAUUUUCUGUCGGUAAUAAGUGUUUUAGAAAAGUAUUAUAAAUAUUUGAAACCAAACAUAAGUGAUCAUCCUUCGAUUGAUGAGGUGAAAGGUGAAGAGCUAGAGAUUCUCCUGACGGUGAUUAAUACCAACUCUGCGGGUGGAGAAGUGGUAGAGUUAACUAAAAUAUUGACUGCAUCGUUUUUAAAGAUACCAAGUCUUUUAAAGAGAAUUCUUGAAAAUAGCAAGAGUAAUAGAAAAUCAUUAAUUUAUUCAACAAUAGGAGAUGAUGAUUUCUUUUGUAGACAUAUUCAACAAAAGCUAAAGAAAUCACAGCAACAAUCAGUUCUAUUAGAUUUACUGGCAAUGGCUUGA